AUGAAGCCAAAAGUAGGAGACACACUCAUGUCUUCUCACAACGGUGACAAGGAGAGGAUUCCGUUGAUCUAUUUGCUGCUUAUCAGCCUCGGUGUUUCGCAUUAUUUUGAAAAGGAAGAGCUUCUAAACAAGGCUUUCCAGGACAGCUUGGACACAGUCGCAGUCAUGUUUGAGGUUUUCAGACUACGGACACAACAUGUCUUGCGACGUGUUCAAGAGAUUCAAAGGUGA